CUCGGGGUCCCAUUUGAUUGGAAGGCGGCAAAGGCUUUAAUCUCGGACUAAUUCAGAUGCUUUUGAAGUGAAAAUUUCUACCAGUUCCUGGGUUGGAAGGACUAGCGCACGGACCUGCAAGGAGAGACGACGCGCAAUGCCUGUGGUACCAGACGCAGCCUCCGAUCAGCGAUAGCUUCGCACUGCACGGCUCUGCACUGCUUUUCGACUUCGGCCAAACGGAUUAUAUACUAAAUUUGCUGAAUUUGAACAUUUUCAUUUCUUCAGAUGAACAUUUAUUUGCAGAUCACAUAAAUGACUUGUUCUCACAGCGGGAGAGAAUUGGGUCAUGAUCACAUCGCCCUCGGUAUCUACACCAAGAAAUACUGAUACACAUUUAGCCUGGGAAAACGGUAACUUACGGAAUAGCCACUCCGCGACCGCCAGCAAGCCGUUCCUGCACUCGGCGCCUCCAUCGGACCCUUUACGGCAAGCUAGUCGGCUACCUAUCAAGGUUUUGAAAAUGCUUACGGCACGGACGGGACACAUUUUGCAUCCCGAAUAUCUACAACCUUUGCCAUCGACACCGGUUAGUCCAAUCGAGCUUGACGCCAAGAAAAGUCCGCUGGCGUUGUUGGCGCAAACCUGCUCGCAGAUUGGUAAACCGGACCCUCCUCCGUCUUCCAAACUUUCAUCUGUGACAUCUAAUGGAUCUAACGACAAGGACUCGAAGUCCGGUCCUCUAAAAAUGAGUGACAUUGGCGUGGAUGACAAAUCUAGCUUUAAACCUUAUUCGAAACCAUCAGAUAAAAAGGAUGCGUCCUCGGGGGGUUCGAGUGGAGAGAAGUCUGGUUUCCGAGUGCCUAGCGCCACCUGUCAGCCGUUUACGCCAAGAACAGGCAGCCCGAAUUCCAGCACUUCAGCAUCUCCCAUGCCAUCAGAGGGAAAAGUUGGCGACAGGGACGACAAGAAAGAAUCAGAUUGUAAUAAAAGUGGCUCGUCUGAUGGAUCUGGGUCGAAUGGUGUGAAUAACAAUAGGAUAAGCGUCAGUUGCUCUGGAAUAAACGGAGAUGGCUCCAGCCACCAGGACACUACGGCAAAGACAUCUGAGUCCUCCACAGUAACUGUCUCAUCUGCGUCUGUGCUGGGCUCGGGACUGGUAGCCCCAGUUUCCCCCUACAAACCCGGCCAAACUGUUUUCCCCCUGCCGCCCGCGGGGAUGACCUACCCUGGAAGUUUAGCUGGGGCCUACGCUGGAUAUCCCCAGCACUUUCUGCCCCACGGGGGUAGCCUUGUUAACGCACAACUCGCCAGCUCACUAGGUUGCAGCAAAGCUGGUUCAAGCCCACUGGCCGGAGCAUCCCCACCUUCAAUAAUGUCUGCUAGUCUUUGCAGAGACCCUUACUGCUUGAGUUACCACUGUGCCAGCCACUUGGCCGGCGCAGCCACGUCCUGCACACACGAAUCGGCGGCGGCUGCGGCUGCCUCCGCCUUGAAGUCCGGAUACCCACUUAUGUAUCCAACGCACCCUUUACACAGUGUACACUCGUCGCCGCCAUCUUUUGGUGGACACCCUUUGUAUCCCUAUGGUUUCAUGCUCCCCAACGACCCCCUUCCCCACGUUUGCAACUGGGUGUCGGCGAACGGACCUUGUGACAAGCGAUUCUCAUCAUCCGAAGAACUGCUUAAUCACUUGAGGACACACACUGCUUUCACUGGAGCCGAUAAGUUGAUAUCUGGUUACCCUAGUUCGUCAUCAUUAGCGAGUGCUGCGGCAGCGGCCAUGGCGUGCCAUAUGCAUAUGCCACCGUCAGGAGCCCCCGGGAGUCCCGGGACAUUGGCCCUGAGGAGUCCACAUCACGCGUUAGGACUAAGCACCCGUUACCACCCGUACUCAAAGAGCCCGUUGCCCACCCCCGGCGCCCCGGUGCCAGUCCCUGCUGCCACAGGCCCGUACUACUCCCCGUAUGCACUGUACGGUCAAAGACUCACAACAGCUUCGGCGCUUGGAUAUCAGUAAACAAAUAAAAGACUCCUGAAAUUUAUAGAUAUACAGAUUAAAAUUAUAAAAGACUUUUAUAUCUGCGCUCCACCCCAAGGACUGGAUCCGAGGACUCACUGUAUUUAUUUAUGUCUGCUAAAAGCAGACAAUAAUACAAUUGAAAAUAUUUGAGCAACUCAAAGUGCAUUACGUUUAACUGAGCUGUAGGUUAAAGUGAAACAUGUAGAAAACUAAUAAAACAGGAGCGUUUGGUUCGAUGUUGAUUUUGAAAUUGCUAUGAUUGUAUUGUACGUUCUUAUUUAAUGUCUCUUUGAGAGGAUAUAAUUUACAUGCAUGUUUGUUUUUAAAUUUCAGACUGUCCACAUAAUUUUAAAUUGCCGUUAUUUUUAAGGUGUAUACCAUGGAAAGAGAAUUGGUAUUUUUUUGUAUGUAUUCUGGAAAAAUAAGAAACAAUUCUGUUCCAUGUUGGUGUUAAAGCAUUAUUUGAGACUUGUUUUUCAGACACUCAAAUUUCACUAUAUCUAUUUCUUUAAAUUGCCUUUGAGAUACUCUCCCCACUUGGUUAUUGGCUGUUUUAUUGGUGUGCUGAUUAGGGCGUGAGCUCUAAAGAUGUAUGAAUGGGCUUAGGGUCAAUAAUUUCUUUUCAGUACGAUUUUGGGCAUAGGGACGAUUUGCAGCUGUUAGUUGGACCAUUGUGAAUGUGGUUUCAAAUUAACUAGAUUUUAAUAUAUUUUAUUUCGAACACAAACGUUUGGAAAUACAGUUUGCUAAGUUUUUUUAUUUAAAGAAAUAUAGGCCUACGUCAGUCUGAUAUUACGCAGCACCCAUGUUGGGUUAUGGUAACGCACAGCAUAAAAUCCUGCCUUGUAAAAGAUAUGGAGAAACCACUUACGGGAACCCGUCGAUUUUCCUGAAGUAGUUAAAACUACUUAACUUUUUACCUUCCAGAUCUGAGUGUCUUCUAAGUAACCAACCCUAACACCUCCACGAAUCAAUGGAAAUACUAGAUGUAGGAUUAUAUUUCAAACCAAACAAUUUUAUUUAAAAGUAUUGAAUAUAUUGAUAACCCGUCCUAACCACAGCCUACCCCAAAUAUGCCACGACCGGAGAAGUUCUUCAAUGUAACCUGGGUGUUGUCGCCGUCGGUAUGUGGGUGUUAUCCCAUAAAAUAGUGCACUUCUAAUGGCAAUGCUAUCAAAAUCUGUUCGUUUUUAUUACAGUAACUAAAAACUAAAACUCAGGGUAACCAAGCCAAAACAUAUUCAGAGUGUGUGUGAGCGCCAGGGCGCGCGUAAGCCAUGGAGAGGGAGUUUGUGUUUGCUAGUUCUUGGAACUACAGUGCUUCAUAAUAUCCAACGUUAAAUGGUGUGAUUUAUUAUU